GUUGACCAGAACUCCCGGCUGGACCCUGAGGAGUAUUUCACCAAGCAGGAGCGAAUUGGGAAGGGAUCGUUUGGAGAGGUCUACAAAGGCAUCAACAACCGCACAAAGGAGGUGGUGGCAAUUAAAAUUAUUGACCUGGAGGAAGCAGAGGACGAGAUAGAAGACAUCCAGCAGGAGAUCACCGUAUUGAGCCAGUGUGACAGUCCUUUUGUUACCAAGUAUUAUGGAUCAUACCUGAAGGGGACCAAGCUGUGGAUUAUUAUGGAGUAUUUAGGUGGAGGAUCUGCUCUAGAUCUGCUUCGUCCAGGACCUCUCGAAGAGACGUACAUUGCAACGAUACUGAGGGAAAUUCUGAAAGGGCUUGAGUAUCUGCACUCUGAGAGGAAAAUUCACAGAGAUAUCAAAGCUGCCAAUGUGCUCUUGUCAGAGCAGGGUGAUGUAAAGCUUGCAGAUUUUGGAGUGGCAGGACAGUUGACUGAUACCCAAAUCAAGAGAAAUACAUUUGUUGGCACGCCUUUCUGGAUGGCUCCGGAGGUUAUUAAGCAGUCGGCUUACGACUUCAAGGCUGAUAUCUGGUCUCUGGGUAUAACUGCUAUUGAGCUAGCCAAAGGGGAACCACCCAACUCUGAUCUGCACCCCAUGAGAGUUCUGUUCCUCAUCCCCAAAAACCCCCCUCCAACGUUGGAAGGUCCCUACAGCAAACCUUUUAAAGAGUUUGUGGAAGCCUGUUUAAAUAAAGACCCACGUUUUAGGCCAACUGCCAAAGAGCUCCUGAAGCACAAGUUCAUCACACGCUACACCAAGAAGACGGCCUACCUGACGGAGCUGAUCGACCGUUACCGCCGCUGGAAAUCUGAGGGGCACGGGGAGGAAUCCAGCUCGGAUGAUUCAGAUAUAGAUGUUGAUAAUGACGUAGAUCAAUGUCCCAUAUGGACCUUCCCCACAGUCAAACCCUCCACUUUGAGCCAGCUGCAGCAGACCUACACCCCCACAGAUUCAGAGUCAGGAGAUUGUAUGAAACGACAGCCGAAGUCUCAGUGCUUGUCUGCGUUGAUAACACCCAUCUUCAGAGAGUUGAAGGACAAGCGGCAGGCUAACGGUGGAGGAGUUGGAGCCAUUGAGGAGCUGGAGAACGCCUUCAGCCUGGCGGAGGAGUCCUGUCCGGGCAUCUCUGAUCGUCUCGUCACACACAUGAUGGAGAGAGUGUGCAGGUUUACUUUAAACGGUAACACCACUCCAUCUUCACGGUGAACCCCCCCCGACUGGACGUAAUGUGACUGACCGCCCCGUCCCUCCCGGUUUUCUCUUGGAUAAGGACCACCAACUAAACCCACACCCAAACUCCUACACCACUGCCAUCUAUCCCCUCCCGUCCCCCUCCCCCCCAGAGAUCUUUGAAUUAGUUCUGAUUAAAUAUUUUUACAGUUUUUCUUUAAAUCGGAGAGUAUUUAAGACAAAAUGCCAUGACGUUUAGAGCAUUGUGUAUACCUGUUAGUGAGAAAAAACUGCUAUAAUAAAGUCUAU